GAAGAAUGAUACAAAUGUUCUGAAUAUCUGUGCAUUUUAACUAACGGUGCGUAUAACUAAUCAUUGAAUUGCUGUAAAAAUUUGCUGAAUAUGUGUAUGGCUCGCACGCCGGUGUUUAUGCAGGAGGGAAAUCUACGUAUAGAAGAAAGUUAUAUUACAAAUGACACACAGAACAGAAAAUAAACAUUUUACAUAACGUAUAUUGUCUGUAUUUUACCUUCGUUUAUCUUACUGGAUUAUGCACAGUUUUUAGUUCCGUAAAAUUCGCCUCAAAUCUAUUGGUUAUGGUAACUGACUGUACAUAUUUGCAUACAGAUUUACUUCAAUGUAACAGUAUAAAGUGACUCGAGGUGAGAUGUAUAACAAAAUCAAGCAAAUGUCUGUUGACGGAUAUAAAUACACGAAUGCUGACAACAGCGCACCAGAAGCAAAAGAGACAUGUUGCACUCCAUUAUGGCGGAAAUGUCGUUGCGGAAAUGUAAAUAGAAAACUUUUAGUAUCAAAAUUAUUUUACUACUUCUUUUGGUCAGCGUAUGGUUCCUUCUUUCCAUUGCUUGGAGUGUACUACAAACAAAUCGGAAUGAACCCAUCUCAAAGUGGUUUACUUGUCGGAUGUAGGCCUCUCAUCGAGUUUAUAAGCGCACCCAGCUUGGGUUCACUAGCAGAUCGGAUGAAGUUGCGUAAAGUGAUGAUUAUAUUUAAUCUGUGCUGUUGGAUUGCGUUCGUGUUCCCGCUUGGAAUGAUCAAACCAUCGGAUAAAACUUGUCAUCGUUAUAUUAUGUUGUCAAAGAACAUAUCCGAGUACUCAUCCAAAGAAACUGACGAACUCAACGAGUUUUUAAAUUCCAACACACCACAGGAACCGCAAAUUCACCCCCAUCGUAAAAGCAACGUCGUCUUCAGUGAAGACAGUAUACAUCAAGUAUUCUGGGUGUUGCUAUUUUUAACGAUUGUCGGCGAAUUCUUUGCGUCACCUGCUCCCACUUUAGCUGACACCGCAACAUUAAAUGCCUUGGGUGAAAAUAAAGAUAAAUACGGUCGGCAACGUAUGUUUGGUAGCUUGGGCUGGGGGUCAGCAAUGUUUAUAGUCGGCUUCGUAAUUGAUGCGUUACCAAUGUAUCAGGUGUGUGAAGUGAAAAUCAGUAAAGACUACACGUACGCUUUCUUCUUUUUCCUUGGAUAUAUGAUUAUAGCGUUACUCAUUUCCACGCGAUUUAAUUUUAAUGAUGCCGACGACGUUGACGAAACGUUGCAUGGAACUCCUAGAGAUGUCGUAAAUAUAUUCAUGCAACCGAAUUAUUUUGUGGCUGUUUUUGCAGCCUUUUAUGCUGGCUUAGGUAUGGGUUUAACUCGAGUGUUUUUAUUCUGGCACUUAGAAGACCUUGGAGCUCCACCUUCAUUAUUUGGUAUAUCAUCCGCAGUCGAUCAUUUAUCGGAAACAAUUACGUAUUUUUUAAUAGAACGCUUACUUCAUAAAGUCGGUCACGUGCAAGUGCUCUACACAGGUCUUCUAGUAAACUUUGUUCGUUUUAUAUGCAUUUCGUACCUGGUAAACCCAUGGCUCAUAAUACCGCUAGAUAUAUUACAAGGAUUUUCACAUGCCGGUGUUUGGGCUGCAUUAACAAGUUAUUUGGGUAAAGCUGCACCCAAAGGCUACAAAGCAGCUGUGCAGGGUGUCCUACAAGGAUUUUAUUACGGACUAGGAAGGGCUGUAGGUGCCAUAGGCGGUGGCAUUUUUUCCCACUACUUCGGUACUAACUUAAGUUUUAGGCUCUAUGGGGUAGGAUCAUUACCGGUUUUCUGCUUAAUGGUAUGCAUUAUUACUUUAUAUAACCGGAAAAGAAAAAUGCAGGCUAACACAUUUGCCCACCAACAACAAUAUCAAGAACAGCAACAAACGCAACCGAAACCAGACAAAAAAAAUAAAUCAGUAAAUACCGAUUCAAAUAAAUCAAACUGCGAAGAAGGUAAGAUUACCGGUAACACGAGUGAUGAUAUUGUAGAAAUACCACAUGAGAAAGAGAGUGAAAAAAACACUUCAGAUCAACAUGCACCGUUGAUGACUUCAGAAAAGUCCGAUGGCGUUGAACUUUAAGACACUACUUUAUGACUGCCUCUCUUUGCAUGUUAAAAUUACUCAAUGUAAAAAAGACAAAAACCCUGCAAAAAAUGUUGAUGUUAAAAUUUCAGAAGAAUUUUGUAACUUGUUGUUAUAUUUUUUUAUCCAUUUUGACACUAAGCCUCAAUUUAACGUCUUGAAAUCAAAGAAAUAGUUUGAUUACAUUUUAAUGUUUUCACACAUGUUGGUGGAGAAUAUACUUAAAGGUUUUGCGAAGGUUUUUCCUGCCAAAAUGUGUAAACGAAAUGUAAAAUAUUCAGUUUACCAAUACAUUAUUUU